AUGUGCGAGAAAUUAGAGGCAUGUGCUCGGGCGAUGCAUGAUAACGGAUAUGUCCAUGGAGACCUGCGGGAGACCAACGUUAUCGGUGCGAAGGGGGGUACUGUUUGGAUUAUUGACUUUGAUUGGGGAGGGGAGGAUGGGAAGGCGGAGUAUCCAUAUGCGAGUUUGAACGAGCACUUGUUGGAUAAAGAUCGGAAGGAUCUUGUUAUCAGUCGGGCUCAUGACGAGAGGGUUUUGCAGGCUGCUAUCGCUCGGAUUUUGAGAUCAUGA